AUGGCCAAAGUACCACCUGAACACAUGGGAAAAGGUGAAUUUUAUUUCCUGAACAUGAUGGUAGAGGAGAUCGAAAAUGAAUAUACAGAGGGUUCCAGUUUUAGAUCAGAGAGCUGGCUGCGAGUGAUGAGGAAGUUAUGCAAAAUUUAUGGCCCAAUUUAUACGGUUCGCUAUCUCAAAGCAAGGUUGAGAAAUCUUAAGAAACGGUACGAAAAAUUCUCAGAACUAAUAAACCACAAAGGAGUCUUUUGGAACGAAGAGCAUAAUGUCGUUUACGGCAAUCAAGAAGUGUUGAAGCAAUACAAAUUGGAGUCUUAUGGAAGGACCGGCUUUUACAUUGCUGAGGAGCAUUUCGACCUUAUUCGCCAAAUCUUCGAGAGUGGAGUUAAGUUCGAAUAA